AUGCCUACUGGUUCAGGUAAAUAUUGAUUUACAUUUCCAAAAUAUAUAUGAAUAGCAUUUAAUUUAUAUAUAAAGUAAUAAAGUAUUAAUACAACUUUUUCAUGAUGUCUGCAGACUAGCAGUGAAAAACUUGUGUUGAAAAUAUACGAUCAGAGAACGUCUUAAAAUAUCUGUUUACCCUAAAGAUUUAAGUGUUUUUUGAUUUGGUAUAUAGAAGAUAUUUUUAUAUUAAAUUGUAAUUUAACGUUUGGAAUGUUGUUUUGAUUUAGGUAAAUCUCUUGUGUUCCAAAUUGCACCUUUGGUGGAAAUGUUGAUGUCCUCGCGAUAUAUAGACUCUGUAGUGUGGAAGCAAGAUCCUAUCAUCAUCAUUAUAUGCCCAUUAGUUGCUCUUAUGAAAGAUCAGGUCAACCGUUUAAACAAUAUAGGUUUUAAAGCAGCUUAUGUAGGAUGUGAAGAAGCAGAAAAGGGUAUAGACAAUGGUGAUUUUAUGUAUGUAUUCAUAUCCUCUGAAUCAAUCCUUUCGAAUGAACGUUGGCGAUGUAUGUUGGAGAAAAAGCCUUAUCAGGAAAGGUUAGUUGGUAUAGUUGUAGAUGAAGCCCAUUGUAUUGUCGAAUGGGGUACUUCAUCAAACAACAAAAAGAAAACUAUUUUUCGUAUCUGGUAUUCUCGUCUCAAUGAGUUGAGAUCUUUAGUUCAAAAGGGAGUGACGUUCUUGGCAUUAACUGCUACUGCUACAAAACAUACUAAACAACAGAUUUUUGAUAUGUUGGAACUGAAAGAACCAGUUGAAAUUAUAGAUAAUCCUGACCGACCGAAUAUUUGCUUUGUUGUUCAAAAAAUGGAUAAUGGCAUCAAUAUUGCAGAUCAUUUCAAGUUUCUGGUUGAUGAACUUAAGCAACAUGGAAGAGAGACAACAAGAACAAUAAUAUAUUGUAAGACAAUCAAGCAGUGUGCUUUAUUAUUUAACAUAUUUAGGAAUUCUUUGGGCACAGAUCUGUUUUGCAAUGAAUCUAAUGACCCGAGAACGAGGCUAUGUGAUAUGAUGCACUAA